AGCAACUGAAAAAGGGAUUAAAAGAAAAUCCAAUUCCAAAAAAGUUCUCUUCAAUUCGUUACCGUAUUUUUUCCGUCUUUAGGGUUUCGAAUCAGUGUUUCCCUCUCUUUUCCAUGUCUUCCUCUCCCCAAAUCUCAUACGUCGGAACCCUAAUUUCCAUCCAAUAUUAAAUACGAUCUCCAAUGGAGGGCGGCGGUAGUGGCGGAGAAUCGGUAGUAGGGAGGACAUCGACGUCGUAUGAGGCUGCGGCCGGCCGGCGGAGGUUCACGGUAGAGCUCCGGCCGGGAGAAACCACAAUUGUAUCGUGGAAGAAGCUUCUCAAGGACGCUACUAUCUCUCAGUCCAAUGCUCCUAAUGGUACUGCUCCUGCUCCAACGACAUCGUCUGCUGCUUCUGCUGCUGGUAUUCAACCUCCACUGCCACAUCCUUCGCUCGAGACUCGAUUAGCUUCGGGACAACCUGCUGAUAAGGAAGUCAAGGAUGCUCCUCCUGGAAAUCGUUUAAAUGCUGUGAUCGAAAAGAUUGAACGCCUAUAUGUGGGAAAACAAAGUGAUGACGAGGAAGAUCUUAAUGAUUUCCCAGAUGAUGAUGAAUAUGACACUGAAGAUUCUUUCAUAGAUGAUACUGAGCUGGAUGAGUAUUUUCAGGUUGAUAACUCAGCAAUAAAGCAUGACGGGUUCUUUGUCAAUCGCGGAAAGUUGGAGCGCGUUGAACUAGCGUCACCAAAGAACCAGCAACCAAAAAAGCGGAGAAGAAAAGAUCUGGCAAAAAGCCAUGUUGGGGACGACGAUGGACAUAGUCCAAGUAAACCUGUAAAAGUAGGAAAGAAGGCUGGGAAACCAGUACCAGUUGUUAGCGGAUCUUCUCACCCAUCUCAUGGUGUCGCUUUGCAAAAUGUAUCCCAUGAAGGAGAAAAAUUCCUGAAUCAGUUGAAUGCUUCUGAAAGACCGAUAACAAAGAAAGCUGCCGAUACCCAAAGUAUGCUGGAGCAAUCUCCAUCAGUAUCAUUGCGUGGUGAUUCUGCACAAGAAAAAGACUUUGACCAGCAGAAAAUUGGAGUUAUCCAAUCCAAGAAUCUAGAUGGUUCUGAAAUAUCUGGGAAUUCUACUCAGAGGCAUGACAAAAGUUCUUAUGCUCAAGAGAGAUCUGUUGUGGGAAGACCGGUUAACGUUUCUGACGGAGUAGACCAAUCUGUUCAGCGACGUGAUGAAAAGUUUAACGUCAGUGGUGAGGGCAAGAACUCAGUUCAGACUAUGGUGAGCUGUUUACUCCCUACACUAAAAGGUCCUGCCAUGCAGCGAAAGGAAGGAUCUACUGGUAGACCAAAAGGUACAAUGCUUGAGAAGGCCAUCAGGGAUUUGGAGAAAAUUGUUGCAGAAUCGAGGCCACCAAAUAUGGAGGUUCAGGAUGCUGAUAAUUCAUCCCAGGCUAUCAAAAGGAGGUUACCACCUGAAGUAAAGCAGAAGCUGGCUAAAGUUGCCAGAUUGGCGCAAGCUAGUCAUGGAAAAAUAUCCCAGGACUUAAUUAAUCGUUUAAUGAGUAUUGUUGGCCACUUGAUACAACUUCGCACAUUGAAGAGGAAUUUGAAAAUCAUGGUCAAUAUGGGUCUGUCAGCAAAACAGGAGAAAGAUAACCGGGUUCAUCAAAUAAAGAGGGAGGUCGCUGAGAUGAUUAAGUUGCGGAUUCCAUUGAUGAAAUCAAAGUUACUUGAGCAACAAGCUGGAGCUUCUGAUGACUUCCAAGAAGCAAGUGCUGAAGAGAAAGAAGCCUUUAAGAGAAAAUACAGCAUGGAUGUUGCACUAGAAGACAAAAUAUGCGACCUUUAUGAUCAUUUUGUUGAGGGGCUGGAUGAAGAUGCUGGUCCACAAGUCAGAAAGUUGUAUGCAGAGCUUGCAGGAUUUUGGCCAAAUGGCUUUAUGGAUAAUCAUGGUAUUAAACGUGCUAUAUGUAGAGCAAAAGACAGAAGGAGAGCAUUGCACGCCCGGCGCAAGGAUGGAGAGAAAAUUAGGAGGAACAAGUUAUUGGCCUCUAAGGUAGAGGAAACUGGCAGAGUAGAUGCUGUGCCUAUUGCUCAGUCAGUGCAUAUCCAAGAAAAGGUUGUAAUUGAUCAUUCUUCAACUUCAACAAACAAGCCAUUAUCCAGUACUGCAGCAGUGAGUGCUUCUACAAGAAUGCCUGUUUCCUCAGCAAAUGGUCCUGAUGUGGAUCGGCUGAAGCAGGAGAAACUAAAGGGAGUUUCUGGCAGCUCUGUUGAUCCACGAGCAGCAGAUGCUUUGCCGAAAAAGAAAAUAAAGAGGAAACAAGAGUCGGAAUUGGGUGAAAGUCAAUUCCACACCGAGAAGUUGACUUCCAUACAGGCGGAGGAGAAGAACAAAACCAAUAAGCAGACUGUCUGUCCUCCUCCAAAACCAAAUAAUGUUCAGCAAGUAGCGCCCUCACUCUGAACAGCUGACAUGAUGUAAGUUCUCCUUUUGGCGGCUUCAUUGAUUGUAACUCUUUUCUUUUCUAGUUUUGUAUGUAUAUAGUUGUUAACAUGGUGUAUUACUGACAAGAAACUCAGACUUGAGAAACUGAGCUUCUUAUUUUGAAGUUACAGCUGAAAGCACAUUUAGUUUCAUCACGAAGGCAAAAAGUUAGAAAGAAGAUUGAUUUCAUA